CCUCCUCGGGCAGCUCCAGCAGACAGCGGGCUACUCCUGCACCCCCGAGCUCCUCUCUCUAGUCUCUGCUAUCGCUAACAAACUUGGAAGGAAUACGAAAGCAGCGGGCAGCUUUUUUUUUUUUUUUUUAAUCCUCGCUCUGUGCUUAAGCGGCAGUGUCAGGCAGCGCGCGCAUUGGCUACGUGUCCAAACCCCACCGCGCGCGCUUACCUGGAGAGCAGAUUGGGGAUUAAGACGAAUGUACCGAGGGUGAAACCACUACCACUUGGGGGGAGCGUGUAGUGGACUCGUUGUCUCGGACUGGGAUUGUUUUGUUUUGUUUUGUUUUUACGCCGCGCGCGGGGCUGGACACGACGAUGUCCGUCAGGGGAGACUGGGUCGCGUUUUCCAAAUUCUCUUUUCUUCUCUCUCUGAGGAUCUUGCUUCUUGUGCCUGCAGGAUCUGUCCGCAGCCAAGGAGACGCGCAGUCCGACAACAAAGUCAUGGACAACAUCACCGUGCGCCAAGGGGAGAGCGUGUUUCUCAGGUGCGAGCAGGGAGAUGUGGUGACCCACACAGCAUGGCUGAACCGCUCCAGUAUCCUGUUUGCGGGGGAGGACAAGUGGUCUGUGGACCCCAGAGUCAGUCUGGUCACUCUGAACCAGGAAGAAUUCACCAUAAAGAUCGAUAACGUGGAGAUGACCGACGAAGGCCAAUACGUGUGCGCUGUUCAGACCAGCCGGAGACCAAGGACCACCUCAGUGCAUAUCCUCGUCCAAGUCCCACCCAAGAUCAUCAACCUCUCCAAAGACCUGGUGGUGAACGAGGGCUCCAAUGUGACUCUGGUGUGUCAGGCCAACGGGAAACCAGAGCCCUCCAUCAGCUGGAAGCUCAUCUCCUCCUCAGGUGAUGUCGGGUCAGACGAUGAGUACCUGGAGAUCCCGUCCAUCAGCAGACAGAGGGCAGGGACCUACGAGUGUUCGGCCGUGAACGACAUCGACACAGACGCGCAGACUGUCGACAUCACCGUUAACUAUUCCCCCACCGUGUUGGAGGGCAGAGAUGUGGGCGUGACCCUGGGACAGAGGGGCGUCCUGGAGUGUGAGGCGGACGCGGUGCCCGAGGCUGAUUUCGAGUGGUACAAAGACGACAGGAGAAUCGUGAACGGCCUGGAUGGUCUGGAGAUCGUGAGCUCUGGUUCUCUGUCCAAACUGACUUUCUUCAAUGUGUCCGAGGGAGACUAUGGUAACUACACCUGUGUGGCCAUCAACAAACUGGGCAGCUCCUCCACAAACAUUCUGCUCUACGUAGUGGUAAUUGAACCCACUAGCUCAACGCUAUUGCAAGGUCCGAGAGCAGUCCAGGACGGGAGCGGCGGCGGUGCCAUGGGUCUUCACUCCCACAGCUGUCUGCUCCUCCUAGCACUGCUGAAUCUUCUGCUGCAGCGCUUCUGAACGGAUCUACCAACCAGUGAACGAGUGAAUGCACGAGUGAUCGAGUGACAGAGCGAAAGAGUGAUCGUGUGAACAAAUGAGUGAAUGUGUGAGCUGAAGAGAGAGUGAGAGAGUUGUUUUGUUUUUCUCCAACUGGAUUCACAAACUGUUGCACAGAGGUCAUGAAGUACCCACUACACAAUGAUGUUGACCCACGUAAUAAGAAUAACUCAAGUUUCUGUUUGUUUUUUUUCUUUCUUUCUUUUUUUUUGUUUUUGUUUUCAAAGAUGUAACAAAUAGUUGACAUUGGAAUGGAUUUUGUCUAUGUUUUUGGUAACUUUAUUUUAGGGUACGCGUGAAACAAACUUUAAACUAGCUGCUAAUUUACAUACUUGUACAUGGUUAAGUUGGUUUUUCUUUAUUAAUGUUUUAUUCUGCUGCUAACUUCACCUUUACUUUUACUUUUCUAUUAAUAAACUCCUCAUUACUAGUAAUUACAACGAUGUCAGGACUUAAAUCAUGAUCCUAAAGUCAGAUUUUUACCAUUUUAAAAACAUCCAAAACAGAACUAGUUCAUUUUAAACGAUUUUGUAAUGAUCCAAAGUUAGUUUUCACUUACCUUAUGCAUUCUGAGCAUCCUGAGCAUCCUAAUUACUCACCAUGAUGAGUUUAUAAGCGCUGUCAGAAACCAGAGCGGAGUUUUGCCAUCACAACUAGCAUGCUAACGUGCAUUACCCGUUUCUCGACAGCUCGGGGCAGACUUAUUUUGAUCUCAGGAGCUGUUUAUACAAUAUAUGUGCGGGGCUUUAGGGCUAGUACCAUAAGUAGUGUCGUUUUUACUAUUCAUGUCCAAACAUCAUAAUAAUAAGAUGUAAUGGAGUUUAACAAUAGUCUUCAUAAAUCUCUAAUUGGCUACAGAAUGUGGUUUUGCAGGAUAAUACAUUAAUAGGGACCGUUUAAAUGCUAAUUAACAUCAAAUUAACCAUUCACGUGUAUGCAAAUUAGCCGCUAGCUAGACGUGUUCCCUAAAAUAGUGCUGCCAUGUUUUCUCUAAAUUAUAUUGUUCUGGGUUGUCUCUUUUUCGGUACGUUUCAGACAAAUGAGUUUUUAACUGUGCAGUCCGUAUUCAGACUUUUUAGCAGCGUUGCAUAUUCAUCUCCACUCCAGGAAAAGCAAAAUUUACCGCAAGUACGAGAGGUGAAUGUGAAAUACCUCAAAGUCGGACGCAGACGGCGAGGCGCGGCGGGGACGAGGAGGCGCGGCGGGGAACGAGGAGCGGCGGGGAUGAGGCUACCCCGCGGCUCACAUCUGAUUUUAAUGUACAAUAAUUAUCAUUCAGUCUGCUGUUUAAUGCAGCUUUGUUUAUGACCUUCAUGGAUCCGGGUUCUCCGCUCUCCAGUGAGCUAGCGCAGUUGCGUCAUUAUGCUAAUAUUAUAACUUAAUUGUUUUAUUUUAACUGUAAAAAGUGGAUAUACCGCCGAGUUUGAAACGACUUGGAUUCAGAAUGGUAUCUCGGUUUUAAGUUGUUUUGAUGAGGUUAGAUUCAUUUGCGAGUGUGGUGCAGAUUAUUUCAGCACAUUUCUGAGGUUUAGCAUGAAAUAAGAAAUGUGAGAAAUAAUAUGAUAUAAAUGAGAAACAUAAAUAAGUAAUAAUAAUAAUGCAUUUGUCUAGCUAUUUUCAAGACGCGCACUAUUCAUUCACUCUAUACUCUGUGGUGGUAUGCUUCUAUUGUAGCCACAGCCGUCCUGGGGCAGACUGACUGAAGGGAGGACGCCAAUCUACACCUCCGACCAACACCAACACUCUCACACACCCCACGUUCACACCAGGCAAUAUGGGUGAAGUGUCUUGCUUAAAGACACAAAGCCAAUUUAUUUUUUAAUUAUUUUUUUUCACUGGCGCCCUCUUGUGGCACCUAGUAUUCCCUGCAAUCUCCCAUCCAAGUAAUAAUCUUACCCAGCCCUGAAAUCAGAUGAGAUCACGCUUUGGCCACUUACAGUUUCAUAUCCUAUUGUCACAUAUUUUGGCUGGAAAUAAUAAGUAGUACUUUAAAAUAAGUUAAAAAUAUCUCGGUAAAAAGAUACAUCUGAACUCGUCAAAACUGAAGUUAACAUAUUCUGAAUUCACGUCGUUUUAACUCAGCUGGAUAUUCAUUUUUGGUUUAUUUUGUGUUUAGUUUUAAAUAUUUUAUUUCACGAAAGGGACAUGAAGUUGUAAUUACUAGAACUGUCUAUCCUAGUUUAUAGUGUUUUGUGUUUGUUUUGUUAUUUACCAGUUCUUCACAAAAUCAGUGUCAACAAUGUUUCUGAUCUAAUUAAGAUGUUUGAAACGAGGAACAAAAGCUAGAAUCCCGAGUCCUGUUGUCCGGGCUCGACUUUUGGCUUCAAAUUUCCGAAUGCAUUUGCUUUGUUUUUCUCACAUGGUCCGACGCACACUUCCCCGAUACUUUCUGUUGUCAGUAACUUCACCGAACCACACGAUAAUUUGCAUGAAUUUUAGGCACAGACAACCCAAAGACUGACGCAAUUUGUCCCAGCACCAAACCCUUUAUAUCUGAUUUUGUUUCCUCCAAUAACAUCGUUUCAUAGCAUUGUCUUAUUUGUGAACUACAUACCAAGAGUGUAAAGAAGUACUGGUGGGUGCAAUUCUAUAAUAAAUCCUGAAUCCUAUUUGGACGGCUGCCUUUUGGAGUGACAUUUCCGAGCGCAUAUGCGGGCUUACAGUACACGAGGAAUCGCAAUAACCUGGAUUGAUUAAGGAGCCAGUUUAAAGGCUACAACUGCUCUUAUCGCCUGAGUUAUGGCUUUCACUAUGAGAGCAGACAGCGCUUAUGAGAAAACAAUCAUAUCCAUAGAAACCAUAUCAGGGUUUUAUUACAGGUGCGCUCCACGACAGGUGUAUGCGGCAGGCGACAAACAGUUUCAAUUGGUUUUAUGCAACGCCAGAGCGAAAAUGAAAGUUGUUUUUCUUUUGCUCGAAAGCUUAAGCUACCAAAAGAGCUGGCAUAAGUUUUGUAUUGCAGUGGCGUUAUCUCAUACGAGUCUGUUGGACUGGAUCAGAGCUGCGCACAACUGUACACAAAACUAUACAGUGGCGACAGGAGCUAAAAUAAGUCGUCUUCUUCUACAAAUUGUAAGUCUGUCGCAAUGUUUAUUACGUCCUGACAGUUACGCCGUCUUUUACUUGAGUACUUUUUACUCUAGUUUGAGACCUACCUUGUACUACUUCGUAACAUUAUUUAUUUAAUUAUAACUUCAGUACUUGUUUUUGUUGUUUUUUUUUCUUUGUUUUUUUGACUGUGCUACUCACUUCUGGUUAGGAACUUGACUUAUUAUUGUUAUUGUUUUUAAAUUUUAAUAAGUUGGUAUCUGUCAGAGCCCCUUUUUGUGUAAUUAAAAAAAAAAAAAAAAAAAAAAAAGAUGAAAUAUGAAGCUCAAAACAGAUUAUAGGCAGAGGUUACUCGCAAACAGCCAUCCAGCUAAUAGUUCCAAAAUGUAAAAACAAAAAAAAUAUAUUGGCUUUUCUUCCCUGUAAAUGAAAUGUAAAAUUUUCCAAAAAUCUAAAACUUGUUGGACAUGUUUCACUGGUGUACCCUGCAUUCUUUUUAUAUAUUGUGUUAUGUAG